CCAGGAAGUACGACGAGAGCAGCAGCUGAAAAUGUUUACAUUUAGUUUAACGCUCAUACGACAUGGAGAAACACAGUACAACAGAGAUAAACUGCUGCAAGGUCAAGGUGUGGACACUCUCCUGUCAGAGACAGGUAUACAGCAGGGCGAGGCCGCAGGACGAUACCUCGCAGACAUCACAUUCCACAAUGUGUUCGUCAGCAACCUACAGCGGGCUGUGCAGACAGCUGAAAUCAUUCUGAGGAAGAAUACUCAUUCUUCUGGCAUGGAGAUGGUUUUGGAGCCAUUACUCAGAGAGAGGGGUUUCGGCAUUGCUGAAGGCCGUCCCAAAGAGGAUCUGAAGAACAUGGCGAACGCUGCUGGUCAGUCAUGCCGUGACUACACCCCUCCAGGAGGCGAGACUUUAGACCAGGUUAAGCUGCGUUUUAAAAAAUUCCUCAAAGUCCUUUUCGAGCGACUGUUGGAUGAGCACAGCUGGUCAGCACCGGAUGCCUCUGGGGGUGCGACCGCAGCGAACGUGACAGCGGCUGCUGCCUCGGAUGUCGCUCCCGACGGUUCGGCUGACGAUGGCCUCCAGGGUGUGACAGUCCACGCUCUGGUGGUGAGCCACGGCGCCUACAUCCGUGUGGCCAUCAGGCACCUUGUAGAAGAUUUAAAGUGCUCUCUGCCUCCAGGAGUGAAGAUGUCCCACCUGUUCUCACCGUGUCCAAACACGGGCAUCAGCCGCUUCAUUCUCACCCUGAGCAAGUCCGAGCCCGGCCCGGUGCUCUCUGCUGCUCGCUGUGUUUUUACCAACAGAAAGGACCACCUGGAGGACUUCACAGCUGCUGCUGAAUAAUGUAACAGAAGAGUAAAAAAGUUUCUGUAUGCAAACUGCGUGCGUGCACAUAUACACAGUAUGAGUGAAAACAGAACUAUUAUGAACACUAAAGGGAGUCAAAGUUACCACAGAGCUUCACUGUGAGUAACUGCAUCAACAAUGCACAUCAAACAACGUACAGGGUAAAAUAAUCUUUUCUCAGUAAUCUGUAUCUGUGUGUUUUGCUGUGAAUUAGUAAUCAUAAUAAUAACCUCUGAGUGUGCAGUACUGUAUUAUCAAAGCAUUUCAAAUCGUCCUCUCUACUGUAGGCCAGUUUUUAAUCAUGUUAUUCUUAUCACUUCUUUUAUCAUGUUAUACCAAAGUCAAACUAUUUAAUGUGUUAUUGAACACGGUCAGUGAAAGUGGCAUUUAAGUUGAUGUGUCUCCCUUGUGUUGUGAUUGUGUUGCUACUCGUUUUACUAGUGCAAUAUAAUAUAACACUUUUUUUUUGUUGAGUUUGUGUUGAACAAAAAAGGUUGAUGUAACAAAGUAAAUUGAGAUCUAUUUAUAUGAG